CCAAAUAUCAGUCACGUGAUUAAUGGUUUACACUUAGCAACAGAAUUAAUAUCAACAACUUUCUGCAAAAUGAGUUCAAGUGGCGAAGAAGAGGAAAUUGGACCAAGUGUUGAUUCAAAUGAUCCUGAAGAAAGAAUUGCCGCAAGACGGAUUCGUAUUCAGAAGCGUGUUGAAGCAGCAAGGAGGGCUGCAUUAGGUGAGGAUCCAAAUGAGAAAAAGGAAAUCAAAGAAGAGCUAAGCAAGAGUCGUAAACAGAUUGAGGAAAGUCGUCUCCGUCUGACAAAAUUAAAACAGGAUGGCUUCGAGUUGGUUACAAACAUACGUGUGGCAGGGGAUGCUAGAGAGGCAAUGCGUAGGAAUGAGGAGGAAGAUGCUAAGAGACUCCGGAAGGAAAGAUUGGAGCAGGAAGCUAAAUCCGGGGCAGACAGAUUCGAGGAGAUAACAAAAAGAUGGGAGUCAGCAUUACAGAAGGAAAUUCCACAAUCUUUGCACGAGAUGUUGAUGCAGCAGAAGACUUCAUGUGAUGGUAUGAUAGAUGAGAAAAAUAAACUUAUAAAUGAUUUCCAACAGGAGCUGAAGAGUAAAGAUGAUCAGUAUGUAAAAGAUCUGAAGAAACAGGCAGAGGACGUUGACCUGAUGAAAGAAAGAAUGGAGGAACAAAUCAAGAAUCUUACAAAAGCAUUAAGAGAGGAAAUGAAGGAAAUUGAGAUGGCGUUUGUUGCGGAGAGAAACGAGCUAUUAGAACAAGAGAACAAGAAAUGGGAGGAGAAGAUGCAACAUCGCCGAGAUAAAGAGGUCGAGUACAUGAAGUCACGAGAAAAACGUGUCGAAGAUUACGAGAAUCAGUUACAGCAUUUACGUGUACAGGACGCGGAGGAGUACAAUAUGGUGAAAAUACGUCUAGAAACAGACGUACAGUUGUUAGAGCAACAGCUACAGCAGAUGAGAGCUACAUAUCAGCUGAAUCAAGAAAAAUUAGAAUACAAUUUCCAAGUUCUGAAAAAACGAGACGAGGAGAAUACUAUUACCAAAUCACAACAAAAGCGAAAAAUUACAAGAUUACAAGACGUUCUGAAUGGUUUGAGAAUCAAGUGCGCCAAACAGGAGAAACAGUAUCGUGAUGAGAAUACCCAGUUACAGGAAGACUACAAGAGGAUCACGGAACAGUUUCGUGAUCUACAGAAAAAAUCUAGGCAUUUUAUGCAGGCAGACACGAACAAGUUUAGUGAUGUAUGGUGCAUGAACGAAGAAGAACUUAAAGAGAAUAUACUCAAAGUUUUAGAGGCGGACAAAAUUAUACAUACUCAUCAAAUGGGUCUUGACUGGAUGCAACCAGACUUGUUGUUUUUGGAGAAUGAGGGACCGUUAAUGGAAGAAAGCACAAAGAAAUCUGGGGUGACGGCUCAGCAGGUUGUACAGGAAGUGCUCUCAGCUACUGGUGGUCGACAAACAGAAGCAAGCGAACCAGACGACGACGAAUCCGUGUCGGACAGCAACAUUCCCGCCGACCGUAAACCAAAGAAGACAAGUAUAUUGGACAAGAUAUCCGCACAAACUAUCAAACAAAUUCUAGAGCUUCUUUGUGAUGAAUCGGGUUUCCUUGUAGAAUCUAAAUUAAACAAGUUGUUGGCACCAUUGGAGAAAGAUGAGCAAUCUCUUAUGAAACUUGAUGCCAUAUUUAACGCAUUGAAUAUUGAUACUGAAGAAGAUAUACAUCUACUGGCUAGUUACUUUAUGCAUUUGAAAGGAAAACCAGAGCAGGAGGAUGGGGAAGGUGAAAAGAAGGAGGAUGAAGAGUCUAAAACAGCUUACACGGAGAGCGGUGACAUGGAUGAUAUAGAACUCGAGAUACUCAAGCUUACUGGUAAAGAGGGCGACGCAGAUUCCUCGAAGAGCGAGACUGUUGAACUGAUCCAUGGCAACGAGGUUUUGAAAGCUCUUCGGUCGUUUGUUGACGAUAACAGAAAGCCACAAAGAGAGAAAGGCAAAACAUCACAAUUUAAGAUAAAAUCACUGGAGGAAAGAGACGAUUCUGGGGAUUCGGAAUACUGGGCUAAAUACGCUCAAGUCAUCUCACAGAAAAAGGAACGCCUCUGGGACGCUUUAUUGGAAGGUCUUGAGAAAUACAGCGAAUGUCUUAACUCACGGUCAGGUCUUAUAACAGAAACAGAUGCACUGAGACAACAAAACGCAGAAUUGAGAAUGUUGUUACACCAGUAUGUCAACUCUAAGGUAAAUGCUGAAUUGGAGGUGCCACCAACACGUGUGUUGCAGCUAGAGAUGAACCCUCCACGCUGAUGGCCCAACUCACACUUUCUAAACAAUACUUUUUCAUCAUAUAGACUUUAGAAGCCCCUGACUAUUGUAACGUGUCAUUAAAAUUUCUCUGUUUUUAUUGUUUGUAUUGAAAUUU